AUGGGGUCGCCGCGCUCCGACGACGGCGGUGAGCGGCCGGUCCGCAAGCAACUCUCCAAAGCCACGAUAGGUUCCACCCCGCAAGAUCCGACCAAGGAAAAUAUCAGUGGUCGCAAGCGGUCUUUCGAAGAGUCUCGCGACGUCGAAGAAACCCAUACCGAAGGGGGUCAGGUCAGGAAGAAGCGAUCACGAGAGUGUACUCCGAACUCGCCCGAGCAGAAGCAGGCCGGCAGCAGGGACGAAAGUGCUCGUCCUCAGGAAGUAGGCAACCCCAUACCCUCUAUCUCUAGCACAGUCUCCCUUGAGCUUGAGGAGCAGAAAGGUUUUGCCCACCCUAAGAAGUCUCCCGGUCCCCAUCAAGCAAACGAACUCCCUGAAAUGCGACGGUCACUAGUGUCCGAAGGUCCCGAGGAGCGCGAACGGCUCUUCGGGCGGCUUUGA